UCGUGAUAAUGUGUUAGUGGGGUGCAAACGAAAGAAUUUCGGAAGUGAUGUAAUAAGUAGACGACUUUUUACUUUUUUAAAUUCCAUGUUUUCUAAGAAAAUUAAUUAAAAGUUAGCUUGAUUUAAUAUUUAUGCAUGUUCCCUUUAAUAAUUCUGUAAUGACAUUAUUUAUAAACAAACCUUAUUAUAAGAAAAUAAACCCCGAAAGACAAUAGUUUUUUUGCUUGUUAAAUACCUAAAAACGUUUCUAUUAUCAUAUUGUUUAGACAGAUUAAAUAAAAUGUUGUGUCAGUAUUCAUAAGUGAGUUCCCAUCAGCACGAACUCUACGCGACAGCUCUAAAAACUUUUUUUAUUCUGUCUUAUUCAAGUUGAAAAUUAAGUUGCAUGGUUUAAAUCUAAACUUGCUUUUAAAAAUUUUUUAAUUAACUUAUUUUUUAAGAGACAAAAAUGAAAACUUGAAAAUAAUAAAUAAAUGAGUGCUUUCCAAGUUACAAAAAGAAAUCGAAAGGAAAUGGCUGAAAAAUUGAACAGCAACAAUUCAAAUGAAUCGAAUCAGAUUCUGAAUAAACAUGUUCUUCAAGUUCUUUUAAAAACCAUAAAGGAUAAUGAAAAUUUGAUGGAAGAUCGUCGUACCAGUCUCAGUCCCGUUGGAACAAAGAUGACUUUAGGCGUUGGAGUUUCACUGUUUAUCGGUGGUGCAGCAAGCAUCUACCUGAUUUUACAAACUGCUAAGUUGUUUAGCAAAGUGAGUCAACGAAAAAUUUCUCAAAAGAAAAGUUCCGAUAAAUGUGUUCAUUGUGACGCCAAAGUGGAUUUGGAUAAGCUAAAAGAGUUUGUGACCUGUAAAGGUUGCGAUAAACUUGCAUGUUAUAAUCAAAAAUGCUCUGAAUUUGUUUAUGGAUUGAAUGUGUGGGAAUGUGCAAGGUGCCAGAAAAAUCGUGUGAUUCAACAAAGAGCUGGUGAGUGGCUUUUAAAUCAACUGAAUCAGAUGAAAGACAACGAUGAAGUGACUAAAAUAAAUAAGGAAGACACAAUGAAUAAUAAAUAUGAAGAGCAAAAUCUCGCCGCUUUUGUUUCCCAUGAGCAACGUGAUAAAGUUCGUCAAUUCAUCGAAGAGUUGCUGGCAAAACUUGUUGAUGGUCCACUGGAUGAUGUAACUGUUGGACAAGUUUCUCGUUUGCCGUUGAUUGGCCCAAUUCCAGCAAAUGUCACUCAUCAUGAGCUGAAGAUGUUUAUUCAGGAAAUAUGCGAAGACAUUAUGAAUCUACCUAGAAAAUUCAAUUUUUCUGGUGUUUCAAGUAAAGCAGAAGAACCAUUGCCUUAUUUUGAUCCAAAAAAAUAUGAACAGCUGUUAGCUACAGCCGUCUUAAACAAGAUGACGGAUUUUUACCAGAAUCCAAAUGAUAAAAAUUCGCAAAACAAUAGUUCUGGUGUGCAUUCGGACAUCGAGUUGGAUAGCAACCAUAAUCACCUGAAUGAAAAAGCUGUGAUUGAUUUAAUGGUUGAGCGAGAUGAAGCCAUAAAGCAGAAAGUCAAUUCCCAAACCAUAGAAAAACACCACUCCAAAGCUGACAAUGAAAAUCAUUUGUCAGAUUACAUUCAGAUUGACAUUCAGUCGGCUAAUUCAUCAAAUGCCACUGACGCUACAUGGGAAGACAAUUGGUUAUUUAAAAAAAGAAAAUUGAAGACUGAAAAUCAAUCGAUUGCAAUGCUCGUGCCAUCGCCAACUGAGGAUAUAAAGGCAUUGAUUGGCGACAAGAAUGCUGACGAGACAAGCGAUUUAUCAGAGAAUUCUGACAUCGAAGAAGAGAGUAAAUUUAGGAUUGUUACAGACAAGAAGGUUGCUGAAGAAAAUGUGUACAAAAAAUUUACCCAAAUCACAGCACAUGACAGCCUGAAAUCGAUGCAAUCAUUGACUAGUCUGGAGAUUGGACCUGGAACAAUAACUGAAGCAAAAAACAAUCUUUUACUUGUCAAUGAUCCAAUUUUGAACACACCAGAAACCAUUCAAAAAACCGGUGACUUCAAAAUCAACGAACAAGUGACAGCAAAUAUGAGUGCUUUGUCAGAUUUAUCAGUUCAGAUUAAUGAAUCAACAGAAGAAGAUUUUGAUUCGAUGGUUAGUCCUACGCAAGUUCGCGAACAUAAGAAAAGUAUUGAUGAUGAAUUUGAAAAGUUAUUGAUGGAUGAUAACAACAACAGCAAGGGCUCAAUUUCAUUACCAAAUACAGUGAAGAAUAACAAAAGAAGCAGCACAGAAGAUAAACCUUCAAUAAAUCCUGAUUGGGUAAUGUUGCCUAAUAAUGAAGAAAAGAAACAAUUGGAAAGUCUUAAUUUUGGUGCUCAGUCUAUAACUGAACUUAAUAAACUACAAAUAUCACAUACUAUUGACGAUUCACACACUGUACAAACAGAAAUAUGUCGAAAUGAUGAUAAGCCAGUAGUGGUUGCACUAAGUCCAAAGCAUAAUCGAUAUAGUAGUCCGUUGUUUGAGAAACUUCUGUCGCAACCAAUCGAACCUGUGAGAGUUGCAACCACCCAAGAAGUGAAAAAUAUUCCUGAUGAUCAGUCAAUUUCUAGGAUUCUGCAAACAGCCAGCUUAGUAGCAAGUGUAGAACCAAAGAUGAAAGUUUUAGAAAAUGUAGAAGACGUAAAAUUAACAACAACUAAUAAAACUAAUCAAAAAAAGAGUGAAGAUGCUCUUGAUGAAGAGUUUCUAAAACAAUUUUCAGUUCCAGAAAAGCGUUCGAGUAUUAAUGAUCCCGAGAAAGUUUUGAUGGAGAACGUUGUUCCGGGUUCAAUUGCUGACCGUGAACAUCGAAAAUGGUUGCAUGCUCCACCAAUUGCUAAUAAUCCUUAUUCAACUGAAGCGCUUCAGAGACGUUUGAGUGAACCUGAUCAAAAACAAAAGACUUUAGAUUUAAGCAACAACUCAAAAAUUGUCGAUGCCUUAGUUGAAGAAUCAAAUUCAAUGGAUACUGAUAAUGAUGAGGAUCAAGAAGUUUUUCAACAGCGAAAACUUGACAUUAAGAAAUACAAACGUGAUUACUACAUCAACGAUGCAACAGAAGCUCAUUUGAAUCGUACAUCUUAUGGCUCAAAUUCAUCAACAUCAUCAAACAUAAAAACAGAUGACGAUCACCAAGAUAAAAGUUAUUUGCUUGAGAAACUUUUAAAUUCAGUUUCUGAAUCAUUGUCGUUUGAAUCGAGAAAUUAUGAAUCUUGUGAAUAUCUUAAAGAUGAACGCUCUGAUAACGUUACUCUUUUGGUUUCAAUCAGUGAAAAAGGUUUCAGUCCACCCACGUUACAAACUAGUGAUAUCGACACAACAGCAGGUGGCUUGAUAACGCUAGAUCAAGUAAUUGUUUCAACGAGUCAUGAAAAAUUGUCGCUGACUCCUAAAUCAGAGAAGUCGAAUGACAAUAGUCUCACGUACAGCGAAAAUUCCGACACGACCCGAGUUUACAACUUGAAUACGGGAGAGACAAAAAUUAUCGUUCCUAUUGUUGAAAGUCCAGUUAAAUUUGGUCAGCAAUUCUUCGACACUUCAACGAAAAAGGUUCAGACAAUUCGUAAAAUGGAUGACGAAGUCACGACUGUUAUCAGAACAUCACACCGCAGUCUACACAAUGGCAACAACGUUUCGGAAACCUAUGAAGACAAACAAGUUAUAGAGCCGGAUGUUGUUGAAAGUCUGCCAUCAGUGAAAAAACUUGCCGAAAUUUAUGGCAAGGAAGCUUCAUCCACACAAGAUAUAAUACUUAAAAAGCCCAAGACUUUUUCGGCAACAAGUGAAAAUGGCAUUGAGACCACUGCACAUCAAGCAAUCACUAAAACAACAUCGGAAGUACUUGGCCCCAGUUAUAAUAACAACUAUCAUCCGGCAGCUCCAAUUGCAUCGAUAACAGCGAGAAGUAUUCCUUCACAAAUUAGAGCUGACUUAAAAAAAUCUAUUUCUUACGACGAAGAGUCAAUUGUGCGUCAUAAUGAGAGGGAAGGAAGUCCAGAAAUUCAACCAGGCGUCACACGUAGCAGCAUCGCUUUCUUUGAAAACUUAAAAAAUAACUGAAAGCGAAGAUGGGUUUUAACUUCUUUUAAGAUUCAUAAAAAGAAGUUUAAAAGCCUGUUAAGAUUUUAAUUUAAUCUAUUUCGUUUUAUUUCAUAUCCCAAAGAGAUUUAAAUAUUAAGCAUUGUUAACAUGUUGUUGUGCCAUUUACGUUACUUCUUAUUUUAUCAAUAUUUUUCUUAGUUAAUCAGAUUUUUUUGCCGUCAAAGUUUGUACUCGUAAAAUUGCAGUUUUUGUCAUAAUAUUAUGUUUUGUUGUAUUCGUAAAUCUAAUUUGUUAUAAUUAUUACAGAACAUUAAAUAAAUUCUGAGAUUUCCAAUA